GGAACAAGAUGGCGGCCGGCGGCGAUCCGGAGCGGGGCGCCGGCGAUUCGGAUUGAGCCCGUGCGGCCCGCGCCGCCCGGCGGCCGCCGCUCUCCCCGGCCCGCAGCCCUCGCGGGGGUGGGGGCCACUGCCCCGCGCCCGCCCGCCGGGGCGCCCGCCGCCCCGCCCCGCCCUUGCCUCGCCUUCCCUUCCCCCCUCGGCCAGCGCCCAGCGAUGCGGGGCCGGCGCGGCAGGCCGCCCAAGCAGCAGCAGGCUCAGGCGAGCUCCCCGGCUCCGGCCGGCCCCAUCGGCGGGCUGCGCUCGCGGCAGCGCGGCAGCAGCCGGGGCCGGUGGGCGGCCGCGGCCCAGGCGGAGGCGGCGGCGGCGGCGCCCAGGCCGAGGGGGGCGGCCCAGGCCUCUCCGUGCCCCCGCGGGGGCAGCAAGAGGAAGGCGGGCGGCGGCGCAGGCGGCGGCGGCCCCCCGAGCCGGGGCAGGGGCAGGGCGGCGGCGCAGGCGGCGGCGGGAGGAGGAGGAGGAGGCGGCGGCGGAGGAGGCCGGGCUGCCUCGUCCCGCAGGAGCGCCAGCAAAGUGGUGUACGAUGACCACGAGAGCGAGGAGGAGGAGGAGGAGAGCGCGGGGUCCGAGGAGGACGAGGAGGAGGGCGACCCCGAGGAGCACCCGGGGUCCGAGGACGACGGCGACGAGGAGGAGAUCAUGGAGGAGGACGAGGACGAGGACGACGACGACUCCGACUACCCUGAGGAGAUGGAGGACGAGGACGAUGCCAGCUACUGCACCGAGAGCAGCUUCAGGAGCCACAGCACCUACAGCAGCACCCCAGGCAGAAGACGACAGAGAGUGCAUCGUCCUCGUUCUCCAAUAUUGGAAGAAAAAGAUGUUCCAUCUCUCGAGUUUCCUAAAUCCUCAGAGGACUUAAUGGUGCCUAAUGAACAUAUAAUGAAUGUUAUUGCCAUCUAUGAGGUACUACGGAACUUUGGCACUGUUUUACGACUGUCUCCUUUUCGUUUUGAGGACUUCUGUGCUGCUCUGGUAAGUCAAGAGCAAUGCACACUUAUGGCAGAGAUGCAUAUAGUGCUUUUAAAAGCAGUUUUACGUGAAGAAGACACUUCAAAUACUACCUUUGGACCUGCUGACCUCAAAGAUAGCGUUAAUUCCACUUUGUAUUUCAUAGAUGGAAUGACGUGGCCAGAGGUUCUGCGGGUAUAUUGUGAGAGUGACAAGGAAUACCAUCAUGUUCUUCCUUAUCAAGAGACAGAGGACUAUCCUUAUGGACCAGUAGAGAAUAAAAUCAAAGUUCUGCAGUUCUUAGUGGAUCAGUUUCUUACAACAAACAUUGCACGUGAGGAGCUAAUGUCAGAAGGAGUUAUCCAGUAUGAUGAUCAUUGUAGGGUUUGUCACAAACUGGGGGACUUGCUUUGCUGUGAAACUUGCUCAGCUGUGUACCAUUUAGAGUGUGUGAAACCACCUCUUGAGGAGGUACCAGAGGACGAAUGGCAGUGUGAGGUCUGUGUAGCACAUAAGGUGCCUGGAGUAACUGACUGUGUUGCUGAAAUCCAAAAAAAUAAACCAUACAUUCGACAUGAACCCAUUGGAUAUGACAGACACCGACGAAAAUACUGGUUCCUGAACCGAAGAAUUAUUAUAGAGGAAGAUUCGGACAAUGAGAAGGACAAGAGAAUCUGGUACUAUAGCACAAAGGUCCAGCUAGCAGAGUUAAUUGAAUGCCUAGAUAAAGAUUACUGGGAAGCUGACCUUUGCAAAACUCUGGAAGACAUGCGUGAGGAAGUUCAUCGGCAUAUGGAUAUUACAGAAGACCUUACUAACAAAGCACGGGGUAACAACAAAUCUUUCCUGGCUGCAGCAAAUGAUGAAAUUUUGGAUGCUCUGAGAAUUAAAAGAGGAGAAAUAGUGGAAGAUAAAAAUUCAGUAACUGAUGAAACAGAGAAGGCCAAAAAUGAGGUUGAAAACAGUGGCCAAACAGAUCUGGAAAAAAACAAGGAGGAAUCUGCAGACCAACUACAGGACAAAACGGAGGAAACGUCACCUGAACAAGAUUCAGAAAAAGGAAAAGCAGAAGAGCCAACAGUCGUUGGGGAUAAAAGUAUCUCUGUGACAUCAAGCACUGAUGGCAACACCACAAAUCCUGCAGGAGAGACUAGUUCCUCUGAAGGGAAGAACACAAUGGGGUGUCAGUCAGAAACCUCUGAUAGCAACAAUGUGGCAGAGAAGAAGGUGGCAUCAGAGCUCCCCCAGGAUCUCUCAGAGGAAACUGGUGAGAUGAUUCCCAGCACCAGUGCUAGUGCAUCCACUGUGCCCCUGCAGUCAAACUUUGAAAACAGCAACAGCAGUGACCUGAACUCCAUGCAGAUGUCUGAAGAUGCUGAAAAUGGUGAAAGAGGAUCACAGACCUCAGAGGAGACAGCAGAGAAAUCGAAUGGUGAAAGAAGUGAUUCUCCAGGGACAGGGAAAGGUACCCCUGGUUCAACGCGAAUGGUCACCAGACUACGAAAUCCGGAUAGUAAACUGAGCCAGAUGAAAAACCAGCAGGUCGCUGCUGCAGCACAUGAAGCAAAUAAGUUAUUUAAAGAAGGCCGAGAGGUUCUGGUGGUCAGCACCCAAGGAGAAGUCUCUCGGCUGAAUACCAAGAAAGAAGUUGUUGUGAUGAAAGGAAACCUCAACAAUUAUUUCAAGUUGGGGCAAGAGGGGAAGUACCGUGUGUAUCACAAUCAGUAUGCCACCAAUUCGUUCGCAUUGAACAAACACCAGCAUAGAGAAGACCAUGACAAGAGACGGCACCUCUCACAUAAGUUUUGUCUGACUCCUGCUGGAGAGUUCAAAUGGAAUGGCUCUGUACAUGGGUCCAAGGUUCUUACCAUAUCCACUUUGAGGCUAACUAUCAUUCAGCUCGAGAACAACAUCCCUGCAUCAUUCCUUCAUCCCAACUGGGCUUCCCACAGGUCUAACUGGAUUAAGGCUGUCCAAAUGUGUAGCAAACCUAGAGAAUUUGCACUGGCUCUGGCAAUACUGGAGUGUGCAAUUAAGCCAGUUGUCAUGCUGCCAAUCUGGCGGGAGUCCUUGGGGCACACUAGAUUACACAGAAUGACAGCACUUGAGAGAGAGGAAAAGGAAAAGGUGAAAAAAAAGGAGAGAAAACAGGAGGAGGAAGAAACAAUGCAGCAAGCUACUUGGGUGAAAUAUACCUUCCCUAUCAAACAUCAGGUUUGGAAACAAAAAGGAGAAGAAUAUAGAGUAACAGGCUAUGGUGGUUGGAGCUGGAUUAGUAAAACACACGUCCAUAGAUUUGUGCCUAAAUUACCCGGAAAUACUAAUAUCAAUUACAGAAAAUUACUACCAACGAAGAAUGAUGAUGUCACCACUGAAAAUCGGUGUGAACUGGAUAAAAGAAAAAGUACAACAAAAGUAAAAAUAGAGACUGAUUCUUUGAAAGGCAGAAUAAAAGAUUCUCAGAAUCGACAAGCAAAGGACCAAACAGAAAUAAAAACUUCUGACAUUUUUGGGAAAGUCCAACCAAAGGAAGAAAAUAAACUGAAUGAAGAAAAAGUGAAACUUGAUAUCAAUUCUGAAAACUUAGAUCAUGCGAAAGACAAAGUGGAAAAAGACGUUGAGUGUGAAAAUGAUAAAAUCAUCAAAGAAGAACCCAUGGAAGUGGAUGACAUAAAACUUGAAUCACCUACAAAAAAUGAGGAUGGUCAUUCUAAAGUAGAUAUAAUCAAUGUCAGCCAGGGCUUUCAUUUAAGGACUUGCUACAAAAGGAAAGUAAAAUCAUCAAAAUUAGAUGGACUGCUUGAAAGAAGAGUAAAACAGUUUACACUGGAAGAAAAACAGCGCCUAGAAAGAAUAAAGCUGGAGGCUAGUGCUAAAUCUAUAGGCAAUGUAUCUUUAAGUCCACAAAAAAACAUAGAUGAGCCACAAACAAGUAAAUUAAAAGAAGGAAGUCAGAUUGACAUCUCUCUCCAAGAUGGAGCUCAUGUUUCAGGUAAGAGCCAAACUGAAGAUUCAUUUCAGGACUGCUUGCCAACCAGCAGUGUCCCUUGUACCAAUGAGCCAGAUCAGCCGUCUUUACCUUGCUUGAAUAGACUCUCAAAAAUAGAAAAUGUAGCCUCUGAUCACUGCUCUGAGACUCAGAGUUCAGUUCAGAGUGACACUAAAGAAAGUCGUCCUGAACCUAUGGCUGCUGAUAAAAGUCAACGACAAGAAAUUCUUAAAGAGAGAAUGACUGAGAAUCCCCCCACGGAUGACUUAAAACAAACAGAUACUGAAGAAAAGAACAAUUGCGGUAUCUCGGAAAACAAUGAAAAAACCUCAGAACAAAAACUACCUAAUACAAGAGUGUCUCAGACUGUAUGUGAAAACUCCUUACUGGCCACUGAAAGUGGCUGUGAAGGAGAUGAUGCUUUGCCCAUCGCUGAAAAAGUGCAGCCAGAAGAAAAUUCUGAAAAACAAGUCUGUGAUCCAGAAAACAACUGCGCCUUGAAAAGCUGUUCUGAAUCGGCAUCCCUUCACAAAGAUGAGGGAAAAAAUAUUACUCCAAAAAACACUGAAAGUAAGUCUGAAAACAGGGUCCUGUUUAAUCGGAACCAAGUCAGUAAAAGUUUAGAACCAUUAAAAACUGUGCUAACUUCAGAAGAAACACUUGAAAGUCAGACUCCGGAGCAUAUGGAUGGAACAAAUGUUAGUGAUGACUUGGUGAACUCUAAACUUACUGAAGCCAAUGGUGAAAAGCAAAGUCAGGAACAGAAACUAGAGGCAAGUACCAUAAACAAAUGUCUUGAUCAGAUGAAUCUAAAAGGUAUUACUGAUAAAAAGAAUAAUAGGAAUGGAGAAACAGAGACUCUAGUAGAAAAAGAUAAAUCAGCAGCAUUUCAGAUUAAUGGCAAAGACAAUGAGAUUAAAGUAUUGUCAAAUGAUGAAUGUUUAAUGAAAGAUUCCUGUGAUAUUGAACCAAAAGUCAAUAAUAUUAGUAAAUCCAUUCCUGAACACGAAAUAAAACCACUGACUCUUAAAGAUUCCUCUGUGAAGCCUUUCAUGAAUGGUGAUAUCACUGUGCAAGACACAAAUGAAAAAAACAGCUUGGACACUAGAUCAUGUUCACAGAGUUCAAUGGAGGUAGGUGACGAAUCUCCAGGGAAUCUUCUUCCAGAUAAAGUGUCCAAAUGUGUGCAAAAUACUGGCGAAAAGCAGCAUUCUCCUGAAAGAGUGGGCUUUGACGGUGCUUCCAUACCAGCACAGCUUUUCUGUAAAGAAAACAACGUGGGCAAUGAGGCAGAAUGCAUGGAAACCGAAACUCCUGAGGAUAAAAAUAUUGCUCCCUCACCUGUAACUUCUUGCGAAGAAUCUAGCUUGAGUAGUGACUUCACCGAUCAGAAUGGCCUGCAGCAGACGUAUAACAAAGUUGACAACGUCAAUGGCGACAAUAAAAUAAAAACUGUUAUUACAGAGGUAACCACCACCACAACAUCAACUGUUUCCACGGAAUCCAAAACUGUGUUGAAAGUAGCAGAGCUGUCACCUUUCAAAGAUGAUAAGCAAACUGUGGUGUCAUCCACAGAAAAUUGUGCCAUUUCCACUGUAACAACCACAACCACUGUCACUAAGCUAACCUCGCCAACCCCUGACAGCAACAUUGACGUCAUCUCCGUUCAGGAGCGUAGUAAAACGGUGGUUACAACAACUGUCACUGAUUCUUUGACUACGCCAGAAGGCACGCUAGUGACUUCCAUGACUGUUAGCAAGGAAUAUUCCACAAGAGACAAAGUGAAGCUGAUGAAAUUUUCAAAACCCAAAAAGGCUCGUUCUGGAACUGCCUUACCAUCUUACAGAAAAUUUGUUACCAAAAGCAGUAAAAAGAGCAUAUUUGUUUUACCCAACGAUGACUUAAAAAAGUUGGCCAGGAAAGGAGGUAUCAGGGAGGUUCCCUAUUUCAACUACAAUGCAAAACCUGCUGUGGAUAUCUGGCCAUAUCCAUCCCCAAGACCAACUUUUGGUAUCACUUGGAGAUACCGACUUCAAACUGUAAAAUCUUUGGCUGGAGUGAGCCUUAUGUUGAGGUUACUGUGGGCCAGCUUACGGUGGGAUGAUAUGGCUGCCAAAGCUCCACCUGGCGGAGGAACUACACGUACAGAAACAUCUGAAACCGAAAUUACAACUACAGAAAUAAUUAAGCGGAGAGAUGUUGGUCCAUAUGGAAUUCGUUCAGAGUACUGUAUCAGAAAAAUAAUUUGCCCUAUUGGUGUACCAGAAGCUCCAAAAGAAACUCCAACACCUCAGAGGAAGGGCCUUCGAUCAAGUGCACUAAGGCCAAAGAGGCCAGAAACACCAAAGCAAACAGGCCCUGUUAUAAUUGAAACUUGGGUAGCAGAGGAAGAAUUGGAAUUAUGGGAAAUCAGGGCAUUUGCUGAAAGGGUGGAGAAAGAAAAGGCACAGGCAGUUGAACAGCAGGCUAAGGUUAGUGAACAGAAGAAGGCCGAGGAAUUCAAGGCCCAAAUGGAGGCUCAGCUAAAACAACAACGGUUGGCUGCCCAGCAGAAACGACUGGAGCAACAAAAGCAAUUGCCCACCGGAGGUGCAGCCACUACAGUCACUACAGCUAGCAGCACUGCAACCACUGUCUCCACUCCGCAGAAGGUUAUGGUAGGCCCAUUAACAGGCCCAGUUCCCACUGGAACCAAAGUUGUACUUACUACUAAAGUGGGUUCUCCAGCUACAGUAACAUUCCAGCAGAGCAAAAACUUCCAUCAGACUUUUGCUACUUGGGUUAAGCAAGGCCAGUCUUCAUCAGCUACCAGCACUCCUGCCACAUCAGCCACAACCAUUGCCAGCACAGGACAGACGUUCCAGAUCUCAGGCAGUCCAGUAACUAUGGCAGGCAAAGUGAUAACAAAGCUUCCACUUCCUGCAAAUAGCAAGAUUGUUGCUGUCAAUGUGCCAUCAACUCAAGGAGGUAUGGUUCAAGUUCAGCAAAAGGUGUUGGGUAUCAUUCCAUCAACUACAGGUGCAAAUCAGCAAACAUUUACUUCAUUCCAGCCAAGGACAGCAACUGUAACUAUUCGGCCAAACACUACAGGGACUGUAGGAACAACAACAACUUCACAAGUAAUGCCAGGGACACCGCUCCGUCCUGGUAUGACAGUAAUAAGGGCACCACUUCAGCAGUCAACAUUAGGGAAGACCAUCAUUCGAACACCACUAGUGGUGCAGCAAGGUAUUCUUCCAGCCAGUCAGACUCAACAGGUUGUGACUCAGAUAAUCAGAGGUCAGCCUGUCUCAACUGCAGUAUCUAGUACCAGCACAGCUGCUUCCAGUUCUGGACAAAAGACAGUAACAGCUCCUGGAACACCUCCACAGCCAAUACAGCCCCAGACCUCAACUCCCCAAACCCCUCGUCCCCAACAGGGGCAAGUGAAACUUACCAUGGCCCAGCUUACACAGCUAACGCAAGGACAGGGUGGCAGUCAAGGGUUGACUGUGGUAAUUCAGGGACAGGGACAAACUACUGGUCAGUUACAGCUGAUCCCUCAGGGAAUGACUGUAAUACCGGGUCCAGGGCAACAGCUAAUGCAAGCAGCUAUGCCAAACGGUACAAUUCAAAGGUUUCUUUUCACCCCGCUACCAGCAGCAGCUACUACAGCCAGCACUACUACUACAACAGUUUCCACUUCAACAUCAGCUACAGGGGAACAGAAACAAGCCUCGCAAGCUCAGGCACAACCAACACCAGUCCUGCCUCCAAUUCAGCCCCAGUCUCAGAAUCAACUGCAGACCCAGCUGCAGGCACAGACACAGUGUGUUCAGCCUCCAGCCCAGCCACAGACUGCUCAGGCCGGAGUUCAGCCUGAAGUUCAGACACAGCCUGAAUCUCAGAGUCCAACAUCCAUCCAGUCUCCAGACACAUCAGAAGCACAGCCUGUCAUGACACAGUCAGCUAAAUCACCAGUCACCGUUCAUUCUCCUACACAGACCCAGGUUCCAGGGCAGUCUCAGCUUCAAGUCCAGAGUCAGCCGCAGACGAUCAUUCAAGCUCAGCCCCAGCUCCAGGCUCUGCAGCAAGCCCCAGUACAGACUACAGCCCAACAGCCUAUUCAGAUGCAGCCCCAUACUUCUGUACAGAUUCAAGCUCAGCUGCAACAACAACCCCAAUCCCAGGUUCAGACUUCAGUCCAAACCCUUCCAACUACACAAAGUUUAAGCCAAGUUACUGUACAGUCUCCAUCUCGCCCCCAGCUGCAGAUUCAGCAGCCUCCAACCAAGGUUAUUACUGUACCUCAGCUUCAGCAACAAGUCCAGGUUCUUUCUCAACUUCAGUCUCAUGUUGUGGCUCAGAUACAGGCCCAGCAGGGCAGUGUUCCCCAGCAAAUCAAGCUUCAGCUACCUAUUCAGAUUCAGCAGACAAGCCCUGUACAGGCUCACCAAAUUCAGAAUGUGGUAACGGUUCAAGCAGCUAGUGUUCAAGAGCAGCUGCAGAGGGUUCAGCAGCUCAGGGAGCAACAGCAGAAGAAAAAGCAGAUAGAAAUAAAACGUGAACACACCCUUCAAGCUUCUAAUCAAAGUGACAUUAUCCAGAAACAGGUGGUGAUGAAACACAAUGCUGUGAUAGAGCACUUGAAGCAGAAAAAGACUCUGACCCCUGCUGAACGAGAGGAAAAUCAGAGAAUGAUAGUGUGUAACCAAGUGAUGAAGUAUAUUUUGGAUAAGAUAGAUAAAGAAGAAAAACAGGCAGCAAAGAAACGGAAGCGAGAAGAGAGUGUAGAGCAGAAGCGUAGCAAACAGAAUGCUACCAAGCUCUCGGCUCUGCUUUUCAAACACAAAGAACAGCUGAAAGCUGAAAUACUGAAAAAAAGAGCACUUCUGGACAAAGACCUACAAAUUGAAGUGCAGGAAGAGCUAAAGAAGGACCUGACGAAAAUUAAGAAAGAAAAAGAAAAAGCACAGGCAGCUGCUGCUGCAGCGGCGGCGGCGGCGGCGGCUGCAGCUGCUGCUGCCGCAGCGGCGGCACCCCCGCCCCCACCUCCACCCCCACCCCCACCUCCACCUCCACCACCACAGCACACAACCAGCAUCACAUCCCCAACCACACCCCCCAUGCCACUAUCUUCCCAGAAGAGAAAACGAGAGGAGGAGAAAGAGUCUUCGGCUUCCAAGUCCAAGAAAAAAAAAAUGAUCUCUACUACCUCAAAGGAAACCAAGAAGGACACAAAGCUUUACUGCAUCUGUAAAACGCCUUAUGAUGAUUCUAAGUUCUAUAUUGGCUGUGAUCUUUGUACUAACUGGUUUCAUGGAGAAUGUGUUGGCAUCACAGAAAAGGAGGCUAAGAAAAUGGAUGUGUACAUCUGUAAUGAUUGUAAACGGGCACAAGAGGGCAGCAGUGAGGAAUUGUACUGUAUCUGCAGAACACCUUAUGAUGAGUCACAAUUUUACAUUGGCUGUGACCGAUGUCAGAACUGGUAUCACGGGCGCUGUGUCGGUAUUUUGCAAAGUGAGGCAGAUCUCAUUGAUGAGUAUGUCUGUCCUCAGUGUCAGUCUACAGAAGAUGCCAUGACCGUACUCAGUCCACUGACUGAUAAAGAUUACGAAGGAUUAAAAAGAGUACUACGUUCUUUACAGGCUCACAAGAUGGCAUGGCCAUUCCUAGAACCAGUGGAUCCCAAUGAUGCACCAGAUUAUUAUGGUGUUAUCAAAGAACCUAUGGACCUUGCUACCAUGGAAGAGAGAAUACUGAAGCGUUACUACAAAAAGGUGACAGAGUUUGUGGCGGAUAUGACCAAAAUUUUUGAUAACUGUCGUUACUACAAUCCAAGUGACUCCCCUUUCUACCAGUGUGCAGAGGUUCUUGAAUCAUUCUUUGUACAGAAGCUAAAAGGUUUCAAGGCAAGCAGAUUGUGAUAUCUUUAGUCUGAACUUUUUAACUGGAAUCAGAACUGGAUGUUGGGUCACUUUCUUUUAUUGUGUAGUACCAUGACAUUUAACUGCCCUAAAAAUACAAAAAAAACCCAGAUCACUUGUCCAAAUAUUAAUUAGUACUUUAAAAUGGAAACUGUCAUUUGUCAGCAGCCAUGUUGGUAGACAAAAAUGUAUUAAAAAGAGUAUAUUGCUUCUUUUGAAUACUGUAUUGAGAAUAAUGUCAUAACGUUAAUCUUAAAAACCAUGUAUUUUCAAUGAAUUAUUUGCAGUCGCUAGUUAAUAAAACUGUGAACUUUAGAGAAGAGACCUGCAGCACUCUGAUCAGCAGAAAUGUGGUUUUAAUUUUACUGUUCAGUUUUGGUUUUGUUUUUUGGGGUUUUUUUUUUUUACAUAUGAACACUAAUUCAAAGACUUCCACAUAGGUUUACAUCAGCUACAUUUUAUUAGAAGUGAUUGCGCCCUUAUGAAUUGUCCUUAUGCCUUCCCGAUGAAAUUGUCUUUAUUCCUUCUCGAUGAGAGACUGCUAUUUUGUGAACUGAACUAGGAAAAUAUAUUCCUGGCAUUUUUCAUAGUCCAGUUGAAGCAUCUUCUUUUGUAAACAAUGGACUCCUUUUGUAUUCGAGGUCAGAGAUGCUUGUUUUAAAAGUGCUCGCCUGCAAAUGAUGAAUCGGAAACAACAUGGCUGCAGUCCCCCGAUAGUAAUUGACCUAUGGCAUCCUCUAACAAGUGUGUUCUCCCAAACAAAGGGUGCUUAAUUAUUCACUCUUUUGUGUAUUCUGCAGGUCUCAUAACAACAAACUGCAGUCUACAGCUUCUUAGAGUUCAGCGUGUUAAUGUAACACACAGAGCAAGAAUCUGGUUGUCUGAAAAUUUUUAAUUAAGAAGCCAGAUGUUUUUAGUCAGGUUAUCCUGACGAGACUUGAUGUAAACUGCCUUUUUAUUGGUCACAACAGUCAAAUUAUAUUCUUGGCUUAUUUUGUCCAAAGGACAAAGGAAUAAAAAUCAGCAGCACCACUUUCUUGUCAAGAUCAAAUUGUUGUACUAUUGUGGCAGAAGCAGGAAAACUGUCUUUUGUUGAAGGAGAGAGAAAGCAAGCAAGCAAGAAAAAGAUACAGUAAAUGGAGUCAAAUUUAACUCCAUGGAAAUGCCACGUCUGUUCUUCAGUGAAGAAGCUGGUUUAAAGUCCACACAGAAAACUUUGACUGUAUUUAUUUAUUGUUGCAAAAAAGACGCUUUUUUAUUGCUGCCCUCAUUUGUCAGCUAAUUAUUUUUUCUUAUAAAAUCCAGCCCCGGUUACAUGUAAUCCAUUCUGUAUCUUAACAUGAUUCCUGUAGGUAAAAGUACAAGACCUCUAGAUGUCUUUUCUUUCUAUGAAAGGAGCUGCUAUGUACACAUGUGCACACAGACAACUGGGAAUCAACAAUGAGUUUAUCAUUCAUGGUAGAUAAAAACAAUUAAGCUUGCAUAAAAGUUGGGCUAAGUGGUCAUGGACUACAGACUGUUGCCUUGAAUAUAACAGUACAAUUUGUCAUUUACUCUGCACCAGACUGAAAUGAGUAAAAUCUAUUUGAAGGUAUCUUGUUUGUAAACAUUUGUCAGAUUCUAAUUUUUUUCUUUUGUAUUAAAAUUCAAAAUAUGGAUGUAUAUGAAACAAAAUAAAUGGAGAUAAUUGUUCUCCCCACA